UAUACGGAAGGCCAUUGUCUCCUGAAUAAACAUAAUGAAUCAUGGGGCUUGUCAGUUCAGGCCUUUCUUUGUAUCGAAUGUGCCAGCUUAUUCUUUCCGUUGUAGUUGGGUUUGAUAAAUUUCAGUUAUCUCUUUUGGUGUGCUGCAUACUUAUCUUGGUAUGGAUUCUGAAUUAUUGUUACUCUUUGCUAAUGCAGGUUUCAGUUUCUACUAGAUUGGUUGUUUAGCAAGAAUUCUUUCAUAGGAUUUGUGAAGAAAGAAGUUAGGGCUAUUCCAGCUGAAAAUAAUGGAGCACGAAGUCAAUCAGGUGGGAUGAACAUUUUUCUUGCAAGCCCAGAUGGUCAUGUUGUCAGUGGUGGAGUUGCUGGCCUACUGGUGGCGGCAAGUCUUGUUGAGUGUGCAAAGUCAAGCCCAGAAUGGUUGGUCAAACAUUGAUUUUUCAUUGGCACCCCAACAUAGCUUUGGCUUGUGGGAUAUGAUGGCUAACUAUAAUAGGAGUCACUCUGACAGUAUGCUGAUGACACAUGCUCAAUCUAUGGCAACAACCAGUGGUCAUGGCCAUCGCAAUAGGAGCCAGCAUACCUACCAAAUUUUGCACCUUGUCCCAUUUGGUUCUCACCAAGAUCAGAAGACGCGAAGAGGACGCCAAGCUCGAGCAUGUCACCUCCACCAUCCACUGCGGCAGGCGCGCCGACGCCGACGCCGUCCCCGUGCUCAAGCUUGCCGUCACCGUCCUCAGCCCACGCCCGCAGUCGUGGUGGAGGGGAGUGGCGGAGCCGCAGCCCGACGAGGAAACACUGAAGGGAGAGCACAUGCUGCUGCCAAUCUCUUGCCUCUGGUGGGAAGCAUGGGGCUGCUGCCACUCAGCACGACCUGGUGCUGA